UAUACACUGUGGAGAAGAAACGACAAUGAUAGCAGCAUUGAUUCUAUUAACAGUAACAGGACUUGUCUGUGGGGUCCAAGUCAUGAAUGAUGCCAGUUUAAAAGAUGUCGACAUUGAGGCAAGAAGAGAAGUCCUUGGUAAAAUCGUUGACAAAUUGAAUUCAAUAGCUUUGGAACAAAGGUCUCUAAUUGAUGGAUGUGAAGAACAAAUUAACAACACUGUAGACGCAUGUAACGCUUGUCGGCAAGAUCUAUGUCAGCCUACACAAUCAGUAGAUCAAGUAGUUUUAAACAUGUUGUCCACGGGUGCCAAUACAGGAAUAGCAUUUGCUGGAAAGGCAUUAGAGGACGCUGGGGAUUGGUUCAAAAACUCCGGUGAUUGGAUGGGAGAUCAAGCAGGGAUAUUUUCACAUAGACUCUCAACACUUGCAAAUACCAUUGCUGAUCAGUUUGAGAGGUCAGGACAAGCGGAAUUGAACAAAUUGAGCAACGGAUUUAGAAAUCUAGGACAAGAUUUUAAGAAUGUGGGCGAUAAAAUAAAUACGGCACUUGGAAAUCCUUUGGGAGGAUUUAUGAAUCUUGGAAAGGGCAUCGCAAACCUCGACAACUAUAUCGGAACUGCCUUAUCUGGAGUUAACAACCUUUUGAAUAGUUUUGCUAAUACCAUGGAAUCCUGGGGAAAUUCGAUCAAAAACUUCUUUACAGGUAGAAGAAGAAGAAUGUUGUUGGAAAGAAGAUGCGUAGCUAGCUGCCCAAUUUGUGACAAACUUGACAAGGACAAAUAUACUGUUGAACAAAUGACAACAAUGAUUUGCGGGCAAACAACUGUGUCCAGCCAGAAUACUGCCAUAUCUGACAUUGCAUGGCUUAAAACUACAUUUAAUGAUACAAUUGAUAACACUAUCGUUACAAAGGUUGAUUACGAUACAGCAUCAAUUCAGUUCGUUAAUGGAGCAGUCGUUUUUAGUACUUCACAUUAUGAAACAGCUGAUGGAGACAGAAAGAAGUAUGGACAGAUCCUUAACAUUGGUAACAACACCGAAACUGGAAUUGGAAUCGCCUCCGAAUAUUUUACAAAAAUAUUUGACGCACGUGUUACGGUUUAACCAUUUCAAUUAGAAGAUAUUAGUUGCAGAUAUUUUAUCAUAUUAUUUUCGGAACUCUAUCUUUUCUUCUGCAAUGACAUUUUUUCUUGAUGCAAUAAAAAUAGUUACUGAU